AUGAUGUUUAUGGGCUUCACCCCACCGGCCAAGGCGAUCCCAUCGGGCUACACGUGGUUGUACAAGAUUUCACCUCCCAAGUACCCGUUAUCCACGAUGGUGUCUCUGGUAUUCGCAGAGUGUGACGAUCUUCCGACGUGGGAUGAAACUGCGCAGUCAUACGUCAACGUUGGCUCGCAGUUGGGCUGCAAACCGAUGGCAAAUGCACCAGUGACGGAGGGGCACACGACACUCAAGGAGUACACGGAGGAUCACUUCGGCAUGAAACACGAUAGAAUUGCGCGCAACUUCGCAGUGGUCGUCCCUAUCAUUGCCAUCUACCGCGUCUUCGGAUUGCUGGCUAUGCGCUUCAUCAACAAACAGAAGCGCUAG